AUGACAAGUACAAUAGAAAAAGAUGAUGAAUUAGGUAGUGAUACAAGUAGUUUGGAAGAAAGUGAAAAGGACAGAUCAAACAAUGAAGAGGCACCUAUCACUGAUACUACCACUGAUCGUCAAACUGGAGGAGUUACUGAGUAUGGUAAUGUUGGUAGACCUGCUGAGCCUCAAUCAUCCGAAACGAAUAUAGUAUCCUCUGAAAAAGAACAGGUCACUUCUCAGAUUCCUGUUAAUAGUAAAAAUGAUGAUGCAAGUAAAUCGACAGUAAUCGUAGGAGCUGCUAGUUAUUAUGGCGGUGAUCUUGAUCAUAAAUCUCAAACUGGUGAUAUAGGAGAUUUCGGUAAAGCGAGUCGAGAACAAGACGAACUACAAAGUACUGUAGGAGGGGACAGAACGGAAGAAAAUACCGCAAUUGGCACUAUUACUCGUAUCACAUCAGAAACUGGUGGAAGAGAACAUACAUCUUAUACAACAAGUGAUAAUGGAGAAAUUGUCACUGGUUAUAAAACUUUAUCAGUAUCUGACGAAAAAGAUGAUGUAAGUGAAGGUGAAAUUGAAAAUAAAUACACCUUUGAAACCACGGAAUAUUCGACGAGUAGCGGUGGUGGUUUGGUAAUUCGUACCAGAAGUGAAGGAGUUGGUGAACCUGAAUAUUUUUCUAUUGGUUCCCGUACAGAAUAUUAUAUAGAAGCUGGUAGAAUUAAAAAGCACGCCAAUGAUGGUGAAGGAGAUGAUAUUUACACCGAAUUUUAUAUUGAAAAUGGUGAAAUUAACAAACGUACUCGUACUGAAUAUUAUUAUACAGAAGAUGGUAAAUUUAUAAAGCGUACUAUUAAGGAUGGUGGCGAAGCUGAACAUUAUUCUAUUGGUACUCAUGCUGAAUAUUACACACAAGGUGGUAAAAUUAAAAAACGCACUGACAGUAAGGAUGUUGAUGAAGGAGAUAAUAUUUAUACCGAAUAUUAUAUUGAAAAUGGUGAAAUUAAAAAACGUACUCGUACUGAAUAUUAUUAUACCGAAGAUGAUAAAAUUAAAAAACGUGCCGUCGGUAAGGAUGGUGUUGAUGAAACUGAAUAUUAUACUAUCUCUCAUACCGAAUAUUAUACAGAAGAUGGUAGAAUUAAAAAGAACACUGAUAAUGGCGAAGGAGAUAGUUACAAUGAAUAUUAUAUUGAAGAUGGUGAAAUUAAAAAGCGUACUCUUAUUGAAUAUUUUUAUACCGAAGAUGGAAAAAUGAAAAAACGUACUUUUAGUGAUGAUGAAAAUUUUCCUAUUGGUACUCAUAAUGAAUAUUAUACAAGAGAUGGCAAAAUUAAAAAACGUAUUGAUAGUAAAGAUGAUGUUGAAGAAGAUGACACUUAUACUGAAUAUUAUAUUAAAGACGGUACAAUUAAAGAAUAUACACGUACUGAAUAUUAUUAUAUCGAAGAUGGCAAAAUUAUAAAACGUACCGUUGAAGGAGGUAGUACUCAUGUUGAAUCCUAUGCUGAAGGUGAGAUGAAAAAAAGUAUUGUUGGCAAGGAUGACAACAUUGAUUCAUCAACUGCUACUUCUUAG